CCGGAAGUUAAAUAAAACGCCAUCUGGUGUGGUGCUAAAAUCAACUUCUUUAAAAUACACAUGUGCAAUAUUUCUUUUGAAAUAUCGAAGCUUUCUUCCAGCUUUCUUGAGAAGACAUUUUUCCCUGUGAAAUCUUCAAAUAAUACAUAGUGUAAUCAGUACACAAUGCAAUAAAUCCAGAUCCAACUCUCGUGUCAAUAUUCACCAGAAAAAGACCGGGAAAGGGUCCACGCAGUUGUUGUAUUUCUGUCGGCUAUACAAAGAACUUCUCAAGUAGUUCUGUUUAGUAUGAUGAACAUGAGAGGCCCUCGCCCAAUGCCACGUCCAGGAGGGCCACACGGCAUUCCAGGACCACAGCGACCUCCCGGUCCAGGAGGACCCCCUGGGCCAGGUAUGAGACCACCGGGACCUGGUAUGAGGCCUCCAGGGCCACCUGGUAUGGGACCAAGAGGACCAUUGCGACCUCAAGGUCCCGGACCCCAGCGACCACAAGGUCCAGGACCCCAGAUGCGACCCCAGGCUCCUCUUGCACCAGCAUCAAAUGUAACCAAUGACCCACGAGGCGCUCACUGUAGAAUAUUUGUAGGAAAUUUGAACACAAUAGCCAUGAAGAAGGAAGAUGUUGAAGUUAUAUUUAGAAGGUAUGGUAUGGUGAAAGGCAUAUCAAUGCAUAAAGGGUAUGCUUUUGUACAGUAUGGUUCACAUGAAGAGGCAAAACACGCAUCUAUGUCAGAAGAUGGCAAAACUUAUGCUGGUCAAACUCUAGAUAUAAACAUUGCAUCAGAACCAAAGAAAGGUAACAAAAGGGCAGCUCAGCCAGCAAAUAAUUCCAAUGCUAAUGAAUCACCAGCUCAGAAGAAAGCUAAGCUUGAAGCUGCGGCAGCUGGAGGUCGAAAUCUUGUGUCUCUAGGAUCCAGUUUAAAAGAUGCUACAAUUGACGCAUCAAGUACUUCAAUUACAUUGUCACGACCAACUGGAAAGGCGUUGAAAAAGACCACAAUAUCAACGGGAAAUGAUAUCCUUAUAUGCGGUAACUGUAAAUCAUUACACAGUAGUUUAGCUACAUUUGUUCAACAUAAAAAACAGAAGUGUGAAUUAAAGAUACAGUGUAAAUGUCACCAACUGGCAGCUAGUGCAGAAGAGAAAGCCUCUAAAUCAACAGAACCAGAGCGUAAUCUACUAUGUGCGGUGUGUGAUGCUGUGUUCAAGACGGCGUGGGAUCUCUGUCAACAUUGUCAGGAAGAACAUAGCAUUGAAAUAUUUAAGCAGUUGUCAGCUGAUACAGAAGUUAAAGCAGAAAAUAGUGAAGUGAAUGGAGAGAAGGAUAAAGAAUGAUUGACAGUAAGAUAGUGGACAUUACAUUCAUUCUUCAACUCUUGACAACAUGAAAAACAGUGAAAGUUUGUAUAUUGUUUUGGAUACCUGAGUGUCCUUUAUAUAUACACUGAGUGGUCUCCCUUUGAUUUGAAUUAGGGACUCAGUUUAAAUGACGCAAGUAUGAUAGGUAAAAAAGGAGAACAUCAAUGACAAAUCCUGUAAUUUUCAUUUUAAAAGUGUGAAUCAUUCUUUGUAAGAAAAUUUAAAGAUUGUUUUCUGUUUUCUUCAUUAGAAAUGGUUAACCAGUUUCAGUUCCUGUUGUUAGUGCUGUAUAGUUUCAGGGAAUGUUCAGACUCCAACUUUAUAAAUCUGGGUUAGGAGACUAGUCUUAAAUUUAAGCUUUAUCAUUGGUCAGUUUCAAAAUUUGUUUUUCAAAAUCGGCCAAUCAAAUGCUAGAGUGGAACACAGUAAGGAGAAAAAACUGACAGACAGAAAGGUUCAUUGACCUGGAGUUUAAAAUCUUGGUGUAGGUUAGUUUGAAUAUUUAGAUGUGUGUAAAUUGUUACAGACUAAGUGUCGUGUUUCAGUCCCUGCAGGUGCUUGCUUGUACACAUAUGGUCUUUUCUAUCACUUACACACUUCAAGAGAAUUGUUGUCUAAUUCUAUAUAUUAUGGGAUUUGCACAGAUUAUUUGUAAAGGAAUGUUGAAGUGGCCAUAAUACCUGCAUUGCACUGUUUAUAGAUUGUUACAUGUAUUUUUAGUGGACACAAAUACCUGUUGGACACAUUUCUACUGGUAUUUUGUAUGAACUACACUCAUAAUAGGGCAUAAACAUGCAUGUAAUAUUUAUGAGAGUCAUUUAAUAUCAUUAUUCUUCUGUAAGAAAUAUCUGUUUGUUGUGAUAACUUUCAUGGCAUGGAGUACUUGGUGACUUACAAUUAUGGAAAAUGUAAAAAAGCUAGAAAAAGGCAGUCAUAUCUCUACUGUGUAUUGAUGUACUGGUGUUAUUUCAAAUCUAUACUGUAUAUCAAAAAAGCAUUGAAUGUUUAUAAAACAUACAUAUUUCUGUUCUGUUUUUUCAUUAUAUUUCAUCUGUUAAGAAAUGAGUUUGGUUAAAAAGCCUUUUGUUUAGACUUUGAUAAGGUGAGUUAAAUCACACUAAUAUGAAAUAAGGCACUGCCUCAAUCGGGAAUCGAUCCGAUUUCAGCUCAUCCCAUAACAUUUUCAAAGAACUGUUUAAUGACAGCACAGGACACAUUUUUUUUAAUUUGACAGUAAAUAUCUCAUUCGGUAUAUGGCAUGUUACCGUAGACAUGGUAGAGGGAUUGAUUCUGUAUUAUUUUAAAGGUAGAGUUUGGAAUAAAAACAACACUGCCUGUAUUUGCACUGAUGUGCAAGACGUUGCGAUUUGGACAAGUUACGUGGAUGCUUAUUAGACACAAGGAAAAAGCAUAUUCUUCCAAAAAAUCCGAAGUCAGACGCUCUGUGCACGUGCCGGAAAGACACAUUUUUUAAUUCGCUAGUAUAUAUCUCAUACCGUAUAUCGCAUUUUACCAUAGAGGAAUUGAUCCCAAUUUUCGUCGCCUCGCAAUGAAAAUUGGUAGGAUCGAUUCCCUAUUAGGGCGCAUAUUCAGUAAAGUUGAUGCUCUCGUUUACUGUAGCUUGCCAAUGUAAGUCAGUUGCAAGGUUCUUCUUUGUAUCAGAUCAGAACAUAGAACUGAACCAUUGUAAUUUUGAUCAUAUGUGAGUUUUGUAUGUGGUUAUUUGUUGACAUUCUUUGUAUUGAUUUUAUCUUUUGUCAGAACAUAGAAAUGCAUUGUAAGUUUGGUUAUGUGUCAAUACAUUUGUAUUGAGUGAGAAAAUUUUCAUAUCACUUUUGAACAUGCGUGUAAAUUUGAUCGUGUUUCGAUAUUCUUUGUAUUGAAUGCUCUGUCGUUUAGUGUUUAUGGUGCAUUUCAUAUUGUGUAUACAGAUGUAAAUUUAAAUACAUUAAUGGAGCUUAUAUAUGCCAUGUUUAGUUUGUUAAAGACUUAGUUGUUCGUAAAAAUAUAGUGUGACAACAAUCUGUUUUUAGAAGGACUUUGUAAUUCCAAGUGAAUGAAGAGAUAUGUUUUAAUGUGAACUCUUUUUUUGAAUAAAUGUUUUUGGAAAUAACAGUAUUUGCUUGGAGGAAUUUGUUGGUAGCUAAGAAACUAAAUAUUGAUGAUAUAUAGCUAUAUAAAUCAUGUGGUUCAUUGUGUGUAUAAAUUUGGUAGAACUGAAGUGCUUGUGAAAGCUAUAUGCUUGAAGUUAUGUACAUGUGUAAAUGAAUUGAUUCUUUUAAUCUCUUAUUUGUUCAUCACUUACUUAAGAAACAGACAGAUAAAAUAGGAUUUCCAAAAGAAGUGGACAGCCAAAAUGGGUUGUUCUGUAAUUUGUAUAAAUAGAUUACUGGUUUAUUAGUCAUUUUUAGGAUGAUGUAUAUUGCACAUUACUAAAUGGUAAUAGUGGAUUUUGUGUUGUCAGUGGAAAUCAUGUUAAAAUUACACUGUAUUUGUCAUUUUCUUUUUACCACAUCUUUUCAUUGUCACCAUUUUUGUUUUGUUGUCAUGAUGUAUUUAGAUUCAUAUAGACAAUAAACUGACACUCAGGCA